CAAAAGAGGAAAACUGAGUAAAAGGCUUCUCACUUUGGAUUGGGGGUGGGGGUGGGGGAAAAGAGUUUAAUUUCUUAGUAUAGAGCAUUAAAAUAGAGGGCUAAAAUUGUGUUGUCUCCCAAAAUCUGUAUGUGCGUGUCAUAGAAAAGCAGGGUGUGUCCAGCAUUUUCAGUUUGCUCAUCACCAUAGUAUCUAGGAGCUUGAUUCAUGCAUGUCAAUUUGAUUUGACUGAAAAAUAAUUUUUGACCAUGCUUGGUGGCAGAGCCUAAUGAAGCCUUGUCCUCUUCAAAAAGCACUGAGCCUGACCAGGGAGGUCAUGUAGCAAUGUGGGUGCUGUAAAGACAGUUGUGGCAUUUUGUGCAGCUCAGUAGAUUUCAAAUAUGCUACUGUCUAUUGAGUAUUGAGAAUUCUGUAGAAACAGAGAAGAUACCCCAUUGCUUUAGAAGCCAGUCUUUUUCAUGAACGUGUAAAGAGCAGUUUAUUGACCCCCAUUCCCAUCCCCACAACAAUGCAAGCAAAAAGCCAGUAGUACAGAGAUGAAGGGUGGCACAGUGGGGCAGACAGAAUGACCCCUGAGAACCAGUCAAAGGACAAGAAGCAUGUGAGGGUGCAUGAGCAUCAGCCAGAGGAAGAUGCAAAAUCAACUGGGAAGAGGAAACGAGACCAUGGAGAACUGGAGACUGAGCCGCAAGCAAAAAGAUUGUUUCUGAGAAAAGCAGCCAAGCCCUCAGGGAAAAUCGGCUGGGCUGAAGGUGGUUCCAUGUUCAGAAACUCAGGAGUGCUCUUCCAUCAGGUGGAGAGGCAGUGCAGCAUCAUCCACUACAUCUACCAAAACAUGCUGGGUGGCUCUAUCCGAGCACAGCUCAGGCAGUGUCUCCAGCUUCCCUUUGUGCGUUCUCUUACUUCAUACCGCCUCUUCCGAACAGCAAGUCCCUUUGACAGGAGAGUGACAUGUCUGGAGUGGCAUCCAACUCACCCCAGCACUGUGGCUGUGGGGUCCAAAGGUGGAGACAUCAUCCUGUGGGACUACGAAGUACUGAAUAAAACCUGUUUCAUAAAAGGGAAAGGGCCAGGAGACUCUCUUGGAGGCAUGAAGUUCAGCCCAUUUGAGGCAGUGAAGCUUUAUGUGGCAUCAGGGGAUGGCACCCUUAGUCUGCAGCAUCUGGAAGGCAAAGCGGCGCAGGUGAUCUCCCGCACGCCAGGCUGUGGCCAUGAGUACCAUGAUGUUUGUUUCUGGUACUGCAGUGUUGAUGUGUCUGCAAGCUGCCGGACCGUGGUGACAGGUGAUAACGUGGGUAAUGUGGUCCUGCUCAGCACUGGUGGUGAAGAGAUUUGGAAGCUGAAGUUACAUAAGAAGAAAGUGACUCAUGUGGAGUUUAACUCGCGCUGUGAUUGGCUCCUGGCUACAGCUUCUGUGGACCAGACAGUCAAAAUCUGGGACCUGAGAAACAUCAAAGACAAGUCAAGUUUCCUUCAUGUGCUGCCUCAUGACAAACCUGUCAAUGCUGCUUAUUUCAGCCCAACGGAUGGUGCUAAGCUCCUGACCACAGACCAGCAUAGUGAGAUCCGAGUCUAUUCCUCUUCAGAUUGGACCAAACCACAGCAUCUGAUCCCACAUCCACAUCGGCAGUUCCAGCACCUCACACCUAUCAAGGCGACGUGGCACCCUCGUUAUGACCUCAUUGUGGCUGGUCGCUACCCAGACCCUAAGUUCCCAGGAUACACAGUGGAUGAGCUGCGAACUGUUGAUAUAUUUGAUGGAAACACUGGGGAGAUGGCGUGCCAGCUCCACGACCCAAAUGCAUCUGGCAUUAUCUCGCUCAAUAAGUUUAACCCUAUGGGAGAUACACUGGCCUCUGGUAUGGGCUUUAACAUUCUGAUCUGGAGCCGGGAAGAGAUGGUGACCAAGAAACAGGAGCAUCUCUUGAAAGCUAUGACAGAGCAGAGAAGUGGAAGCCGGAGCUUGUCCAGGCAUGGGCUGCAGAAGCAGUCAAACCCACUGGCAAGCAAACUCAAAACCAAGUUCCUUGCUCUGGAACUAGAGGGGACUAAAACAAAGGGCAAAGAUCCCAAAUCACAGGGCAGGAAGCGGAAGGAUCUGGAGGAUUGAGCAAACACCUCCAGGCUUUCUAGAUCAUUCUGGACAAAGCUAGUCCUGGCACAGUGGGCGACAUCUACCCUGAGGGGCACCCAGCCUUCUGCUUUGUCCUUCCUUGCUGGGUAGUAAGUUGCUGCUUGUACUUUCUGCUUUCCCCAUUAGAGGGUGGUGUCAUUGUCAGCUCCUCCUCCUGUGUGGCUGAUACAUUUUAUCAAGCACUAUGGGAGCCUGAAUGUCAGCAUGCCCUGUGCUGGCAUGCAUUUAAUGGGACCACAAAAAGCAGCAUUAUGCUUAUGCGUGAUUUUUGUUCUUUAAUUAUCUGUGUCAUGGGAUAUGAGGUCAAUGUGGGAGCAGCCAGGGCUGAGCUGGGCUGCUGCUGUAGUUUAUAUCUUCAGAGCUUUAGUCUCUCUCCUGCAGUGCACCGGCCAGCCCUGUUUUCAGUCUUGUACCCCAAAGUAUGGGAAUAGGUGUUCCCGAAGUGGAACCCGAGGAUUGUCUUCCAAAUACCCCUUCUCAUAUAGCUACAUCUCAGGGCUGCUGUUAACCCACAAGUUUUUAUGUUUGAAAGUUAGCUUGUUUACAACACUGCCUGGGGCAUAGGUGGAGUAUAUGCCCCCCCAAAAACUGCUGUCUGGGGCCAGGGCUCUGGCCCUGGUGGGAGGUUUUGUUAAUUUCAUGGUGUUUAUAAUAUUCAACUGUUAAUAAAGUUUUGUACAGAA